GCUGGCCACUUGUAGUGUCUGCUCUCGGUGUCGGUGUGUAACGCACAGUCCUGCGGGAUAACGUAAAGAAUUGACUUAUGUUUUCCUCUUGAGUCUGGUUUGAGAAGCGGACGCCUCAUGGGGCUCAUCUCAUGACUGCUGACCCGAGGAAGAGCCUCUGUACAGCGAAACUGUUGAUAGAGUAGUGAACCGCUACUAGCGCCGGGGUUUGUGUGACGGGCCCAGCGCUGAUCACCGGAGACAGACCCGAGCUCCGGAGCAGCGCUCGUCGCGUUCAUCAGCGGGAGCAUGGCUCAGACCGGAGCGCCUCCGCGAUGGAAGAACUGUCCCAGAAGAGGACAACCUGUGGCUGGUAAAUUUUUGCCCAUGAAAACCAUGCUUGGACCACGCUAUGAUGAUAAAGUCCCAGAGGAGAACAGGUUUCAUCCCAGUAUGCUGUCCAACUAUCUCAAAAGCUUAAAGGUGAAGAUGGGUCUGCUGGUGGACCUGACGAACACCAGCCGCUUCUACGACCGAGCAGAGAUCGAAAAAGAAGGAAUCAAAUACAUCAAACUUUCCUGCAAAGGUCACGGCGAGUGUCCCGCAGUGGAGACGACAGAGAUGUUCAUCAGGCUGUGUGAGCACUUCAUCCAGAAGACGCCCACAGAGCUCAUCGGCGUUCACUGCACGCAUGGCUUCAAUCGCACUGGCUUUUUAAUGUGUGCCUACCUGGUGGAGAAAAUGGACUGGAGUAUCGAGGCCGCUGUGGCAGCGUUCGCUCAGGCUCGGCCCCCGGGCAUCUAUAAAGCCGACUAUCUGAAGGAGCUCUUCCGCCGCUACGGGGACGUGGAGGACGCGCCGCCCGCCCCUGCUCUCCCCGAAUGGUGCUUCGAUGAUGAGGAGGAUGAAGAUGUGGACGAUGAUGGGAAUGCUUUCGCUCAGGGCUCCGAGCCCAGCUCCUCUCACUCCAGUCAGGGCAAGAAGAAGAAAGAACGACUAAAACUGAAUGCUAUGUUUCUGGAGGGAAUGUCUGUCAGAGGAGUCACUCAAGUCAUGGCACAGCCCAAGCUCGGCAUGAUCCAGAGGAAGUGUCAGGAGUUCUCUGAGUGGGACAAAUCGGGGUUUCCUGGUGCUCAGCCCGUAUCGAUGGACCGCAGGAACAUUCGUCUGUUGGAGCAGAACGUUUAUAAAGUCAGCUGGAAAGCAGAUGGCACGCGGUACAUGAUGUUGAUAGAUGCAAAAGACGAAGUCCAUAUGAUUGACAGAGACAAUUCGGUCUUUCACAUAGCCAACCUGGAAUUUCCUUUCCGGAAGGAUCUUCGCACCCAUCUUUCCAACACUCUUCUGGACGGAGAGAUGAUUGUUGACAAAGUGAACGGCCAGCCCGUCCCGCGGUAUCUCAUCUACGACAUCAUUAAAUUUAACGGUCAGCCUGUGGGUCAGUGUGACUUUAAUAGACGUCUGCUGUGUAUCGAGAAGGAGAUCAUCUCCCCACGAUUUGAGAAAAUAAAGCUGGGCCAAAUUGAUAAAUCCAAGGAGCCCUUCAGUGUCAGGAACAAGCCUUUCUUCGACAUCCACGCUGCACGCAAGCUCCUGGAGGGCAGUUUCACCUCGCAGGUUAGCCAUGAAGUCGAUGGUCUUAUCUUCCAGCCAAUAGGGAAAUAUAAGCCGGGCAGAUGUGAUGACAUUCUGAAGUGGAAGCCGCCCAGCCACAACUCGGUCGAUUUCAGACUCAAGAUCACCAAAGUCGGCGGGGAGGGACUGAUCCCGCAGACGGUGGGUCUCCUGUACGUGGGGAGCUAUGACAUGCCCUUUGCACAAAUGAAGAUGGAGGAGAGAAUUGGUCCAAGCACUGAGCCUUGAGGAACCCCAGUAGCAAGAAGUUGUGACUUGGAAAUCUCACCCCUCCAAGACACCCUGAAGAACCUACCUGAGAGAUAAGACUUGAACCACUAGAGUGCAGUUCCUGAGAUGCCCAUUUUCAUGAAGGUGGAUAAGAGGAUGGUUAACUGUGUCAAAAGCAGGGGACAGAUCCACCAAGAUGAGUACUCCUCCAAGAAGUUACCCAGUUGGCCUGGGGGACAGAAAACAACUACAAAGUGGAUUUUAACAGAGUGGGUAAUAGUAAUUGUGUGUGAUUCAAAUGAACUGUUGCCAGUAAGAGAUGAUAGAGUAUCAAGAUGUUCAAAAAGUAAAGAUAGAGGAGAAAAGCAAUACUCGAAUGCCUUGUCAGUGUCCUUGCUCGGUGGAGUUGCACAAGGUAGAAUCGCUUCACAUUAGGGCUGCUGUGACUGCUGCUGCAGUGUAAUAACCAAUUACUGUAUAUACUCGACUGACACCUCAUUAUCGAAUUCAGCUGACCACGUCUUACUUUCAGCAAACCAAAACUGAAAAGUCACAAGAUAUGCAAAGGACAAAUGCUACUUGAGCACGCAUCUAUCACAGUAAACACAGUAAGCAAAAAUAUUUUCCUAGAGAAAACAAAGACGUUAAAAUCUAAUGAGAAAAGAAACAAAACACUUGGAAACUGCCGUCCUCUUCU